CAAAUAUAGUUAAUUAUGACAACUGAAACAAUGGACGUCAGCUAUGAGCGUGUUAAGAGCUCCAAACGACCAUUAAGACCAAAGGUUCUAAAACUAACCGACGUAACAAUACCUCAUCGCAGUCGAAAGAAAAUAAAAGUUAAGUCGAAGGAUCGUUCAACGAUCUCAGUGCGUGAACGCAUUUACGAUGAUCCUGCCUAUACCGAAGAUAUAAGCCAUCUGGCAAACCCGAUGCGACGAAGCAGUAUAUCUGGCAAGUCGACUUUAACUGAACACAAAAAUAAGUCCGGCAAUGGAACAGGUGCCAAACAUUCUGGUCAUUCAGAGCCAGGCAGCAGUUCGCUAGGUAAACGAAGCCAGUUAACGAAAGAAUUUCUACUAUAUGCAGCAAGUAAACAAAGUCCCUUAAAAAUAAGCUCUGGAACUGGGGGCAGUGGAACGGUGGGCUAUGACAUUGACUCAAGUAGUUCAGAAAACGAACCACUGGAACCAAUCAAAGGAAGCAGCAGCAGCAUGACUCGCAGGGUGCGUAGCCUAGAACGGAGUUUGGCAAUGUCAAAUGAAAAGAGCGACAAGAAAGCAUUACAAAAACGUAGUUCUAAACAGAAGAACUUGAGUCUGGAUAACAACCGUCAGCAGCAGGUGACAACAGCGACGAAACAGAGUCAAGAGUAUAACACCUGUGGGCGUAAGGAACGCAGUCGUAUGGCCUUGGAUACUAAAGCUAGUGAACUAGAUGACUUGGAUGAUUUUUCUGUGCGUAGCUCGGCUCAAGAUUCGACGAUGACAGCGGCUAGCGAUUCAACCAAAAUGGCAAUUGGAAGGCGAUUUCUGCGGGGAGAAAUUGGAAUUAAGAGCUUUAAUUAUUAUCUGCUGAAAGAGGGACUUAAGAGCUCAAAGAAGUUGGUUGACAAACAGCGAAAUAUGCCGUCGACAAGUGCUACUAGUGAAAACAAAUUACAUGCUCGUAGCGAAGAGAAUAUUUAUGAAGAGAUAUUCUUUAAGGAUACAAUUGGCCAGAGUCAGUCUGAAGCAGUUGGCGUUGAAGAAGCCGGAUCUGACAAAUCUGAACACGGGCAACAACCACAACAGCAACAACAAAGAGAGGCUCAGUCGACGGAUUGUGAAAUUUGUAUGCAACAGUGCAAUAAUGAGAGCUGUGAGUAUUGCCUAGAAGGAGCGCAUUCACAGCAUCACCAGCAGCCCAUGAAGCCAUACAUUGGUCAAACCAAAGUCCAGCCACUGCAACAGGACAAAAAAGGACUAACAAUGACUAAUGUCAAUCUUCCUGCAGCUCAUAUUCUAGAGUUUCAGUCGUACAAUCCUAACAAUCCAGGUGUCUACAAAAUGGAGACCACACCUGUUGCGAUUACCGGCGACUACAAUCCUGUGUUACAGUUUCAGCAAUCAUCAUCCACCGCCACGACCACAGCCUCAACGUCGGUCACAACAACACCAAGUGAGCAAAUGCAGCAACUUCCGGAUCAUACUUAUGGUGCUUACUACUCUUCGCAAAAUCAAACUCCUAUAGGCAGCACGCCACUCACAAAUCACUAUGCUGUUAGUGGUAUCAAUGGUCAGUUGCUGCUUGCCGCCGGCAAUCCGACGCGACGUCCUCCUCAACAGCAACAUUAUAUUGUUAGCUAUCAAAACGCCAAUGGUUUGACAUCACUUCAGCGUCUUAAUACAAAAUCGUCUUCGUCCAGCGAUUCCCUGCCUUAUCACAACAAAUACAACACAAUGACCCACCUAGAGGCAAAUGUAAUGGCCACUACUCCCAUUUCAGCAACAGGGGACAUAUACUACGCCAUCGGAGGAGUCGGAGGCGGAAUUGGAGCGCAUUCCUUGAUGUACGCGGCGAGUCGGCCUAUUGGAGGAUCGCAAAUACUAGUUGAUUCUUCAUCCUACGAUCCUCCUCAUAUGUAUAAAAGUGAUUCAAAGGCCUCCAUACUAAGUGAAUUCUCAUUGCGUAGCAGUGAUAACUCUCAGCGCUAUAUGAGAUAUCCGCCACAUGGCCGACAUAGUCAUGGUCACGGAAAUCUGUUGGCAUCUUACGGAAAUGCGGGGCAGAGACGUUACUUUGGAAGUACUGAGAGCUGUCGCUUCGGUUACGAUUGCCGACGGUGCAGUUUAGAUGGAGUGAUAGGUACUAGAGGUUCCUCUGUUAUAAUGGACAAGUGUAGCUAUUCGGAUAAUUGUCGUUAUGGAUGGAAUUGUGACUGUUCUUCCAGUUAUUUUAGCUCAGAUUUUGAUGAUAUGUAUAGCUCCAUAGCACGUGGUGGAAGCAGCGGCAUACCUCGUAAAACUGCUGCCGGCACCUUACCUUCCACUUCCACAACCACGGAAGUUAUUCAGAGAGACAGUGUUAAGCAGAAACCGACAGCUCAGCCACAGCAACAAUACACAGAUCUCAAGCAAAAUAAAUACGCUCAGGAUUUUUUUAAGCAUGUAAAUGAUGUAAAACGCAGUAUUUAUCAAUCCGAAAUGCAGAGAAACAAUAGCAUGGAGUCAACACGACAUGGGCCGAAAGGAUUCACUAACAGUCCAUCUUCUAGUCCUAACCAAAGGCUUACCCAAAAGCUCUCCUCACCGAUGGUGACUACACUACCGUUAAGUCGAGGGCGCAUACCCGCUCCAUCCAAGCCUACACCGGCUCCACGUACAAGCCUACAGGCCCAGUCUGCACUGAUAACCGCAUCUACACCAAAAGAACCCACGCCGCGAUCCCUGGUUCAUAGCAAGUUACAGCCAAGUGAGCGCCGCGAAUAUCCAUCGUUAGAUCGACUCGUGGCGUCAACCACAGGUGCCAUACCUAAAGACCACAGCCGAUCAAUGGAAGCACAAACUGUUAGCCCAAAACUAAAAUCAAAGCCGAACAGUACGGAUACAAGGGACCGUAGAGAUCACCGUAGUGUAGUUCAACAUUUGAAUGUGUUGUCCGUCUCCCAACAUCCGAUUCCUACUACCAAACGACAUCAUCGUACCAGUGUGGGUAAAUCCCACUCAGCCGCCCCCAGUGCAAGUACACGACGUAAAGAUAAUAUUCCCGCACCCCCUCCGCCCUCUCCAGCUACCUAUUCAGAUCUGCAAGAACUAAAAGCAAAUAUGGAAGGCCUUCAAGAUGAUACGAAGUCGCGAUCUCUGGAAAGCGAGACUAGCGAAACAUUAACUGUUAAUAAUGAUUUGAAAACUGAAGCGAAAGUAAGAGAGAAACCGGUCAACUCAGUAUUGGGGGUUUGCCUCUUAAAUGUAAAAUCUUCAAUACUUACCGAAAGUAAUCAAAAAACUACGGCUAUUGGGACAAAAUCGUUAGCACCGGCUAAUACCUCAACCAGUGGAGCAGAAGGGGAGGAUGACGAUGUGUUUUAUGAUGCCCGCAGCGAAGACUCAGGAGGCGGUGUUUCUCAGAAUCACAAGGUUUCUCAAAAUCAUAAGGGUUCUUUUUUAGAUAUGGGUAUAUUGUCGGCGGGGGAUAACGAGACGCCUGGCCUCACAGAUGACAAAAUUGGUGACAGUAUUUCUACACUAAUUUUAAGCGUUGAAAAAGAAAAGACAGAACAUACCAAAAAGCCAAAGAGAAACGAAUUAAAAAAAAAGGAAACGCAAUCCACAGAGAACAUUGAGACUUGCCAAAUACUACAGGAGGCUGAAAGAGCUUGUACACAUAACGAAGCAGGGAGCAAAACAAAACCCGAAAAUACAAUUUUACAGACCAAUGUUCAGGCAACAUAUUCGGAGGGGCAACAGCCUCAGACCAGUUUACAACCAGCAACAAAAGCUGCUGCUCACAGCAACUCAGCCAUCCCCAACACAAGCACCGGCAACACAUUAUUGGAGCUUACGGAGUGCUCAACCGAAUUCGAGUUCAGUUGUAAAUCGGACCACACGGAUAGCGCAACGUUGACGCAAAGUAAUUCUGUUGAACAUAAAAAUGUACCUAUUACUCUCACUACAAUUGCUACAAGGACUGCUACUUCAACUGCUACAUCACAGCCUCGAACAAUAAGGAAUCAGGACUACUCUGGCCUUGAUUCCAGUGAAGGGCAGUCGGACGAUAGCCAUCUAACACGGGAUUCGGUGACUCGGGAGUCACAGAACGACGAGCUAGAGUUUUCAUCAUCGACCUUAGACAAAUUAGACGUGAGCACCCUACCGUUGCCCGCAUUACCAAAACGACGACGUACUCGCUCACGCGUCAGACAACAACGGCAUGAAAUUAAUGAAGAUGGGACUAAUCCAGCCUUCGAGCCAGCUCAACCUGAGAUAGGCACAGUACAAGGAAAUACCAGAAUUGGGCAAUCAUCUGCAUCACCUCAAGAACAAAAUCUGUCUGCCUUCCAACAGUACGUUGCAAAGCGACGCGAAAGCCUUGAAGCAUCCAAUCGCAGUUUCAACGAGAAGCUGGAGGCACGCAAAAUGCAUUUCCACAUGGGCAGCGGUGGAAAUACCGGAGAUACAUCUGGAGCAGCUGUGCCCACAUAUUUAUUUGGAGAGCACUUUUACAGUGUUCAAAGCGGUCGUAAAUCCAUUUCACCUGCUUCAAACAAAGAGGAAAUCUAUUUAAACAAAUCUGGUUGGGUACAGGUUAAUACGAAGCGUGGUAGUUGCGUUGGAGAUGAGAAACAGGCAGGGAGUAUCGGCUAUCGGCGAAUUAAUUACUCGCAACAGAACGGUUCUGGUCGAGUUCUUCAACUUUCACGUCAGAGUAACAUCAAUAGCUCUCUUAACUUACCAUUUGAACCAAAGUUCGUAGGUUCAAAGGUAGAGGAACUGAUACAGCGUAAUGAAACACGACUUAAUGCCAUCUCAACGACACGAGGAGAUUCUACUCUACGACCGGGCUAUCGAAUCAUUGACCCACAGUUGGCGAAUAUACUAAAUGAACGUCCCGGUUUUCUGCCGGUCAAGAGUCCCAACGGUUUGGAAUCCCCGCCACCAGUUACUCCCAUUCUAUCGCCACCACCCGCUUUUCAGGACAAUAGUCUUUCACCGAGACCACUUGAACGAAGAAAGCCUAGUCGUCAACAGCAAAUACAACAGAUCCCAUCCCGACUCAAUGCUUAUAAUGUGAACAAUGGUGCAGUAGGUGUCGCUGCCAAGGGUAUGGUAUUUUCACGUAGUUUCGAAUAUGAUACGAGGCGACCCACCCCCACCGACAGCUAUGUCGAAACCUUUUCUCGCAGCUUCGAUGGAAACUUAUCAGAGCGACCAUUACCAAUGCCACCAUUAGCCCUUCAACGCGAGCAAGAACGCUCUCCCAAUUUUAGCACAUUAACAGGAAACUCUCCGAAUUAUUUGACCAAACGCGAGGGCGGCGGAGGUAGCAGUGGAUCGCUCCGUAGUCGGGACAACUCACCUAAAUUUUUGCAGCCUCAAAUUCCCAAACAGACUACCGCUUAUUUAAAUGCAUCCAUCAAAGAGGCGCCACCUGCUUAUAACACGCCUAGCGUUGGGAUCGUCAAUAACAGUCAACCAGCGAAAUAUUCCCCGCGCGCUCGACAAGAUCGAGAUCGGGUGGCCUUUGAACGAUCUAAGAGUCAUAAUGUGCUUGGACGCUCCCGUAAAUCCCAGUUCUGCCGCAUGGCCAGUGGUGGCCCAGUUCAAGUCCACCCAACUUCUAGUCUAGGAGUGUCGCGGUUUCGUAGCUUCGAUACAACAAUAAACCAACGCCUGAACUCAUGCGAUAGUGGUGCGCGUUCAGACCUUUCUAAUGAUGAACUAGACAACGAUGAUGCUGGCUCCACCGAAUUCCUUUCUACUAGCAGUUAUCAAUUUGCAAAUGCGACAGCAACCGCGGAUAGUGUUAACAUAAGCAUAUCGCCAUUUAGAACACAGCGUCAACGAUCACUAACUCCUGAUCGAAAUGAGUCACAAAGUCACAGCUCUUCUAGCAGUCUUCGUAAGCAGCGAUCCCUGACUCCAGAGUCUCGAUCAAUCACUCCCGAAGAGCGACGCAAGAGAGGAUCACAGACAAGUUCACGACAGAAUUCAAGCUCAAGAAAUAAUACAUUAGAACGAAGACAGCGACACGACGAAAAAACUCCGCCAACUAUCUCCCGUAGUUCUUCUAGUUCUAGCUAUAGUGGUGGCGACUUGCAGCCCAAUGGCAGUAGUCUUGUUCCUGGAAAUGUUACUGUUGCAGUAGGAAUUGGACCUAUUGGGGUACUAGCAGGAUCGAAUGUAACUCAAUCGGGUGCAGGACCUAUCAACAACAGUCAUCGCCGUGCUGUGGGUAGCCGCAAUGCAGCCAAGCAAGCAGAGCAGGAACAUCGAAUAAGGCGUUCGAGGUCUCUUCAGUUAAGUGAGCGCUCACCAAAUCGUGCACACAACAGAUCGAUCGUAUGUGUAGAAGGUCCGUCUGUAGGACAGGCAAAGCACCUGCAAGUUGCUUACCAGCAAACGCAGGUACGUCUACCCAGUGGUGGACCUCCAGCCUCAGCAGUUUUUAAUUCUUCUAUUCGUGCCAAGAUGCUAGUAAAUGAAGCAUCCACCAGUGCGAGACAACAACGUCAGAACGUGGACGUGGAUAAAGCUCGAUCUUUCGACUUUGACUAUAAGAGUUGCAAUCGUAGUGGGAAUGGAGGAUUGAGAUCCACGCAGAAUAGUGGCACGGUUGCCAGUGGGAGAGAUAAUGAAAGCAAUCAAAAUCUUCGUAUGGAAAGGGAAACUCGCUCAUUUGAUGACGACUAUCGCGAAGGCCUACGUUUUCUUCAGCCUGGAAGCAGCGAAGCAACCCCAAAUGUGCAAUCGUCAUCCACCCGUAUACGAAAGUCAAAUUCUCCAGUCACCUCCCGAUCUCCUCAGUCAUCUGGAAGUCCGCAGCAGAAUUAUGGGACACGUUUGUGUGAUCAUGAAAUGUUGCGCAAGUCGCCUAUAAUGAAUUUUCGGCGAGGCGAUAGCAGCGAUUACGAGCUGCCUGCGAUUUUACGUAAUCGGGAGACCAUCAAUUCCGGCGGAAAUAGCGAACUUAAUUUUAUGAGCAAUGAAACGAGAAUAUAUGAACACCCCACGACAGUGCUUAAGCCACAGCGCCCGCUUCGCCGGAGUCCAGGAUCGCGUGAUGAUCUUACCAUAGAAGUGGCGGUAGGGGUAGGCGGAGAUUAUAUAUACAGGCAAGCGACAUCAACUGCAAGUCAGUCAAAAAGUAACAGCAGACCUAACACAAAUGACCAGAAAAAAUUGUUAAGUUGCUUAAGUGUUAUAAAAAAGAUUGCGUGUGUACGCUUGUUAAAUAACUGGGUUUCAUUAUAUUCUAGUCCAAAUACAUUAGCCAGAUCAUCAGAAAGGGCAAACAAAAGCUAUAGCAAAACUCUUAAUAAUUCCGACUAUUGGCCAUGUUGUGGGACAUGCCAACAAGCAACACCCGGUUCCACACCAAUUAAAGUACAUAAAAUUGAGCAUAAUACCAAUACAGAGAUAGCAAACCCGUUACCGAUAACUCACUAUACUCAUAUAUCUACGGUAGCCAUUAAUAAAGAAAUGGAAACCCCAAGGAUAACUAAGCUGUCAAUUCCUCAAUGGUCCCUUUUGUGUAGUGGGGGUGUCUCCCCUUUGACAAGUACUGAAAAUGUGGAUGAGCGUCAACAACUGACAGCUAUUGUCAAACCACGCGUAAUUACAUUGGCUGCGAGCUCACUGGUUUUUUUAGGAGAAUCUGAUUUACCAUUAUCAGAAACAACAGUAGAGUGCAACAAAGGGAAGCAAAAAGAAGCCAAGAUUGAGACCAGUAUUCAAAAUGACUUGUUGGAUGUGAUGGUCAAAAACAAACAGAGCCAAAUGGAGAUUUGGCGGAGAACUGAAUCUCUACCAAAUUUGGAAUUUCGAAUAGCAGGCACAGCUGAGAGAAGUUUUCCUAAAAGCGAAGUUUUUGAUAUAAAAUGCAACGCUUACACUGUUGGCUUGUCACAACAGAUGCGAGCCGUAUCAAGUCCUGCAUUGACAGACUCGGACUCCACAGAACGGAAUCUCAAAGAUAAAAAUACAGCACUGUCAAACUUAGCAGACAACGUCUGCUACAACUCAGAAAGUGAAGGCAUUGGUGUAUUGCAGAAGUUUAAACGCACUUUCAAUAAUUUCCAACAACGUAACCAAUUUAAUAUUACUCAUAUGCCAGCUAAGCCUACUAAGACCAAGUCAUCUCCUACGACACCAACAGGCUCUACUUCUGCUACACUUACGCCAAUUGCCCCUUUAGCACCGUUGGCCAUUGGGACAACAGCACAAGAACCGCUUGUUGAGGUUAAUGACGCAAGUUCUGGAAAAUAUCGUUUUGGACCCCUGAUUUGGCGUUCAUCAAAGGAACGCCGCAAGACGAAAUUUAAUCGACGUGACAAAUGUAAUUCGGGCGAUUCAGGUAUUCAGGUCGAACUUGAACAAGAUGACCAUUAUCAGGUUGCUCGAUUACAUGAAGGAGCCGCAAACGCAUCUAUUUGUGAACUGGAGUCAGAGACAGCCACUAACAUGCAAGCUGAAAUAAAGCCGCGUAUAAUACGCCGCACUAAGUCUGCAAAAACAAGCGGCAUUCUCGAUUCCAAUGCGGCAAAAAAGGCUAGUACAAAGUCGAAACUUAGCAAGCACAUCGAUGAUAUAGAGCGUGAGGCUCCCGAAUCAUUACCAACCCGAUCUCUAAGCCAACCAAAUGGACUUGAACACUAUGGCACUGGACGAAUAGACAUGGAGGAUAGCGAUAGCGACAGUAUCGCUUCACACGAUGAAGCUAGCAGCUACUAUCCCGUUAUCUAUGCGGAAGUACUUUACAAUUUUACGGCUGGAGGAGCGCAAGAAUUGGGACUUGAGCGCGGCACGUUAAUCGAGAUAUUGCGAAAGGAAGUUGGGCCUUGGUGGUUCGGGAGGAUACGAAAGGGCGACGUUAGUCUAGUGGAAGAGAUACUCGAUCCUGAACUUGGGUGGUUUCCAAAGGAAUUUGUACGCAUAAUUCACUGCCCGGAAACAGAUGCCUUCUUUAACUCUCAAAAGGCAAAAGAUGAAGAGGUGCAAACGCUUGAAGGUGAAUCCCAACCCGUUACCCUGACUGAAUUUUCCGAUGAUCCAGACGCCACAAUGAUAAUGGAUCAAAGCAAUAUAACCACAAUAAUUAUAGAAUCGUCGACCCCUCUGACUGCUCCCCUGUCAACCAUUCCAGCCAAUGUGCCAUUGGACAACGCAGCUGUCCUUCGUCGCAGUGCCGUUCGCGAGUUGCUUGAAACAGAGUCUAAUUAUGUGAAAUUGUUGGCUUCGAUAUGUGAUGGAUAUUUGCCGGCCAUGAGCAAGCGCAUCGACAUAUUCUCGCCCAACAGUAUACGCCUGAUCUUUUCUAAUAUAGCAGCGAUCUACAAGUUUCAGCGAAAAUUUCUCCAGACUUUGCGCAACGGCAUAGAACAGGACCAAAUUGCAAAGGUUUUUCUCAAUAUGCAUAAAGGGUUUCUUUGCUACUCCACUUAUUGUAAUGCCUACCCGCGCGCUUUAAUUGAACUCGAGUCUUAUGAUCGCGUAAAAGAUGCCCGCAUCAUAUUGGAGAAUUGCCGUGAGUCCGAGAAUCUAGCCGAGUUGCCGCUUUCUGCUCAUCUGCUGGCGCCUGUACAACGCAUCUGUCGUUAUCCGCUACAUCUGAGCGAGAUUAUCAAAAACGCUUUGGUCCAUACCGAAGAGCUUGGCAAGGGCAAUCCUAGUACUACAGCUACCGUUGAUUUUGAGCAAUCCGAUAUAGCACAGUUGGACAUACCAGAUUCUCAAGAAACUUUACAUCAAGCUUUGCAGGCAAUGCGCGGCAUUACAGAAGCUGUGAAUGAAGGAAAACGGCACAGCGAAACCAUUGCCCGCCACCAGUCAAGUUUUCAAAACUUUAUGGGUCCGCCAUUACAUCUGCACAGCACUCGUUUUUUCCUGCAAAUUGAUGCCACGCGUCAGAAACAAAAUCUGUGGAACAGCAGCUAUACUCUGUUCCUGUUUGAUAAUCAACUCGUUUACUGCAAGCGUGACAUUAUCAAGCGUAGCCACUUUAUGUAUAAAGGACGCGUUUUUCUUGACCGCUGCCGUGUAGUAAAUGUCCGUGAUGGAAAGAUGUUUGGUCACUCAAUAAAAAACUCGCUCCGGAUAUACUGCGAGUUGCAGGCUAAGUGGUACGACUUUAGUUUUCGUUCGGCUACCCGCAAGCAUCGUUUUCUUAAUACUUUGGCUCUAGAACGGCAAUUUGGAGGCAAGGCCUUAUAUGUUUCGGAGAUGGCUGGCUUUGAGUACAACUAUGACCAGAGGCCCGGUGACUACUCUGAUCAUUCAGACAUUGAUCAAGCUGACUCGGAACACAAUCUGUGCGGUGGUACAACCUCCGCUAGUGGCGAUAGUUCAGUGCCGGAGUCACCAGCCAAAUAUUCAGAUACGUUGCCCAAGAAAUCGCAAUCCCGCGACUCCAUCGCUACAGGAAUUGGGUGCCAGCACACAAUUACAGACAGCUCAAUUAUAUCAACAGGAUCACUAGGUCGACGGCGACUAGGCAAUUGGUUUGGACGGAAACCCAAAAGCAGUAAUUGUACGCCAAGUCAAUCGCCCACUCACAAACCACACUUUGAUGCAAAUGUAACACUAACAGAAGCUCGUGUGGCUGCCAUUGAAUUGGUCGAAGGUACUGCUGCGCUCCAGCAGUAACUCUUCCUUGCACAUAGUAAAUACAUAUACAUACGCAUAAAUUCAUACCAAAAUACACGCAACCUACAAGAUAUAAAAUAUUCAAUACAAGUAGAAGUAAUAUUGAAACUGCAUUUACAAAUAGAAUCAAGUGCAUAAGUAAGAUAAUUUAUGUCAUCCUCAUACCUACAAUAAGAAAUUUUUUUAUUUAAAUAAUAUUCCUUAAAUAUUAAUAUGUUUUAAGUUCAAGUGCUGUUAUGGUUUUUAUAACCCAAUUACAAUUAAAAAGAUUUAUUUCAUUGUUUGUCCAUAUUAUCACGUAAAAGUGAUUUAUUGUUAGCCCACAAUGUUUUUAAUGUUUUUAUAUAUAUAUAUAU